UAUGCGGAUGAAUUAUUCGGUACCGAAUUCACGGAACAUAUCAAUUGUGAUGUAGACACUGACAAAGACGACAAGGAGACGGAGAAAAAAGAGAAGAAACUUGUUAUUAAUUACCAACAGGGCGAUGGUGAGAAAGUCAUUGAAUAUGAAAACAUUGAAUCAAGUUCUGAGAAUGAAGAGGAUGUUGAUGAUGACAUUGAAAAAGCAAUAGCAAAAGAAAUUAACCAAAUCAAAAAUCUGAAGAAAUCAAGAAGAUUUCAAGGUAUACCUACUGGUGUGAAUGCUAUAUUAUUUAUCAGAACCACAUUAUCAAAGGAAGACCUAAAUAAACUGAUUCACUGUAUACUCUCAGAUAUUGCUAAAACAAAGCAGAACAAAUCAAG